CUUCGCUGACUGUUGCUGGAACCCAUUACACUCUCAGAAGGCCUUCUAUACGGCCCUUGUUCUUAUAGCCUCUUCCCCUUUCAUCUCUGGGCCGAAAGCCUCGUUAGAUACGGCUUUGAUACCUUGUAUCUCGAACUACCUCUACAGCACUCGCUCGUCGGGAUAAUCGAUCAUGCCGUCCAACGUUCGCUAUGCACCAAUUCCAAACCCUCGUACGGGCCCCAACGUGCAGGACGAGAUGGAAGCGGCCUUCCUGGAGUCGGACGACGAGGACGAGCAUGACGACAGAAGCCACAUCAGGGCACCCGGUAUGACAAGAAACGGCUACAGCUCGCUCCCCAACGUCGAGCCCGACACACUCUCUUCCCCUUCGCGCGAGCCCGGCGCACCGCAAGCGUAUGAUUUCGAGCGUGCUGACUACGGCGAAGACUGGGCACGACCACCACCAGGCUCGCCCCCGGCGUCUACCCAGUUCUUCCAGGUGCAGACGCAGGGUAACUCGAAUGGAGUUAUUCCUGACUUCACUGCCGCAGCGAGGUAUGCCCAGAGGAGCACCGGAGGAUGGGCGAGGAGGGUGUUGCCGCAGCGUGUCGCAGAACGUCUGGGCCUGGGUAGCUCGCACGUUGAGGGCGUCGUUGGCGGUGGGACUCUGAACGACGGCGUGUUCGCGAAUGUCACUGCCAAGCCGUCAAGACCGGUACGAGCGACGGAAGGUGAUAAUACCUACCUUGUUCCGGAAGAGUCUCAGAAAGAUGCGCCGCCAUCAUACGCAUCUGCACAGGCCGAUGCCGUCCCGCCAUACUGGGAGACGACCAUCCACGCACCCUCUUCCGGCUCUGGCCCCGGCGACGUCUUGAUCGAGUCGCUGCCCACCGGCUCGCUCUUCUCCUUCCUCUGGAACAUGCUCGUCUCGAUCUCCUUCCAGUUCGUCGGCUUCCUGCUCACAUACCUUUUGCACACGACCCACGCCGCAAAGCUCGGCUCCCGCGCCGGACUCGGUAUCACACUCAUUCAGUAUGGUUUCGCGAUGCGUGGGCGUGCGGAGGAGUGGGGAAAGCAGGAGGAGCUCGACGGGUGGGGCUGGCAGACCACGAAUGCACACCAGGACCCGGCUACCCCUGCGCCAACCUUUGCCACUGCCGCGGAAGCGGAGGACUACUACGGGAAGCUCGCCGCCAACGGUACUUCUUGGCCAAGUAGCGUGCCCAACGGCGCGACGGUAGAGGCGACUAACUUCUUCAGCGAUGCCACAACAGAGUGGCUGUCGUUCUUCCUUAUGACCGUCGGCUGGUUCAUCCUGCUCACUUCCCUCCUCAGCUUCUGGCGCGUCAAACGUUGGGAACGCGGGGUCCUCGCCUCGCAGCCCUCCACCCUACCCGCCCCGGGCGCCGCAUCCGCAGCCCCCACGACGCCCUCCUCGCUCUUCCAGCGCCUCAACCUCCUGCGCGCGGGUCUCGGCUUCCCGCAGCGCCACGCCCCGUCGGAGGACGUUGCGGACGAGUACCCCGGCGCCCUGAGCCACUUUGGCAUGCCCGUGCUCGAGGAGGAGGACAGCCCGGUGCACGAGCGCGGCGAGUACAUCAUCCCGCUCGACCCGGAAAACCCGGAGGCGAACGACCGCCUCGCGCGCGCGUACGCCGAGGAGGCGCGUCUGCAGCGUGCGUUACGUGCCGCAGGCCUGCUGUGAGGCGCGCCGUGGCGAAGCGUCGCCCGAAGAGAGUCCUGCCUCUGUCGCUCGUUCGUUCGCUCGUAUACUUAAAGGAGUGCUCCCAGCCCCGCUGACUAUACCUCGCAAUCUUUCGUUUCUUUUUAUUUCCGCCUGACGCUUCGAGAUCUGGGCUCACAGAGGACGGGGUGGCCGCUCACGUUGUGACUUUCGUUGAUGAUCUCAAGAUGCUGUACCAUAUAAUGACUGUACCAUAAUCUUCUCUUGUUUUCUGCGCGGAAGUGCGGUACAUUCUCUUCUGUUGAAGUUGUGGAUUGGGAUGGUCGAAGUACUGGAUGGAGGGCUGGUGCCCGUUGCGAUGCGCCAAGUGCGUCGUCGUGCUUUUGGAUUUCUGGUUUAUGUAGAGUCUGGCGAGCGCACACACGUACAGAAAACACUGGACAACUUCUGCUAGUCUUAUCUCCCCUGCCCACCUCCGCCCUGCUGGCCCUCUUCCGCAGGCGCGCCGCUGACCGCGAGCGCCAGGAACGCAAUGGCGAAAUACAUCCAAUACUUCUGUAUGAACGACUUUUCUGCCGGUGGGGUGACGACCCUGCCUUCGGGGGUGAGCUGCGGCGGUGUGCGCAGGCUCGGGAGCGGCGGGUGCGUCGGGCCCUUGAGCACGACGCUCGUGUUGGCGACGCGCGUGCCGACCUCAGUCAUGAGCCUGCGGCGCGCCUUCGCAGAACCUGGGCACGCCCCGUCGUGUGGGACGGGCCCGACGAAGUAGUCGAGCGCGAAGGGCACGCCGCCGGCGCCGAGGCGGACGACGAGGCUCUCGGCCGUCGCGUGCGGGAGGUGGCAGGCUUUCACGGAGGAGACGUGCCACUGCGACGGGUGCGUGUCGGCCGGGUGUGCGAGCGCGAGCUGGUAGAGCGCACUUUCGAGCUCGACGGGCUGCUGCUGCUCGCUGGCAGCGUCCUGCGCCUCGGCAGUGAGCGACGCGGCGUAGGCGGUGAGGUACGCCGCGAGCGGGGUGUCGCCGGCGUCGGCAUCAGAUGCGAAUGCGGCCGAGACGGGCCCGUGGUACACACCGCGCGUGGAGGGAUCGUACGAGAGCUGGAUGGCACCGUGGUCCACGAACGGCUCGUUGGGGCGUGCGGGGUGGUAGAUCCUCUGUAGUAGCCGUAGGCUCUCCGGGCGUGCGUCAGAGGCGGCGGGUCCUGCGGGC